AGAGUUAAGGGGGAGAGUUUAUAGUGAGUCUACAAAUCAGUGAGGGGAAAGAGUGUUGAUAUUUUGCUGUACAGAUGUCAUUUGUGCAUUUGUGCUGUGUAUGCAAACUGGCUUUGUCUAUUUUUUGUCUUUGUUGUAUAGACCAUCCAUUCCAUAUCCGAGCUGCACUGGACAUCGCUUUAAACCAGGGUAUCUGCUCCGCCAGGAUCUCGAGGCUCAGUCUGAUGAUAAAGGAGGCCAAAGGCCACUCACAGCCCAGCCAAUAAGAAGUCCUCUUCCUGUGACGAGCACCUCUCCAACCAGUAAGGAGCCACGUCCUCUCAUAGCCCAACCAAUAAGGAGUCCCGUCCCAUGCAGCAUUCUGAAGAAAAGAAACAGGACAACCACCAGCCAUCAGGCCUGCAGGUUUCAGUGCCAGUCUGGGAAUCCCCCAGAGAGACUGCCUGGCCAAAGACAGUCUAAGCCAGUCCACCAGGCAAUGCCACCUACAGACACAAGGACACCAUCAGCUGCCAGUAAAAGCACAUCUGCCAAAAUCUCUGCCCCUCCUGUGACCCCUAGAAACAGCUCUGAGAUGGCCGUAUGGAAGUACCCUGCCCUGGAGACUGAUGUCUUCAAGAGGAUCCAGCAGAAGAGGGUGACGUUUGCCACUCCCAAGCAGUCUAGAACCUUUCAUCUGCUUCAGGAGGGUCUGGAGGCGCCAAGCAUGCGUAUGAGAGGCUCACAACUUGUCACGCCAGAUAGCUCGCUAGAAUGCUAGCACAUCUCACUAACCACAUACUAGCACUGAUACCACAACAGCCACAUCAGAUAGCUCACUAGAAUGCUAGCACAACUCGCAUACUAGCACUGAUACCACAACAGCCACACCAGAUAGCUCACUAGAAUGCUAGCACAGCUCACAUACUAGCACUGAUACCACAACUGGUCACGCCAGAUAGCUUACUGGAAUGCUAGCACAACUCACAUACUAGCACUGAUACCACAACUGGUCACGCCAGAUAGCUCACUAGAAUGCUAGCACAACAGGCCAACACCACCACUAGUUUAGACCAGUAUUUUCCUUAUCCUGGACCAGAUUAAAC